UAUCAAUCCGACCACCUUUGAGUGCCUCUGAAAACCUACCAAUUUCAGACACCCGAGUUCCCAUUGAUGAAGUGCGUUCUUCAAAUCAAGUUCCCAUGGAUGACGGAUCCAUGUCUUCAAGUCAGACUUAUAAUGAAGAAUGACAAAGACUUAGAAGAUGGGCUGCAACUUGUGUAGCUAUGUAUGCUGCAUAUGCGGCAAUUCUUGUUUCAGUUUAUCAUCACUCAAACUAUUUGGAGAGAUCAAUCUCUAAUGAAGGAGAUUAUGAACGACAUGCUUUGAUGGAAAGACUUACACUAAUGGAUAAUGAAGAUUGUUAUAAUCAACUACGUAUGGGAAAGGAUGCAUUCGCAAGACUAGUAACCAUUCUUCGGGGAACAGGUCGUCUUAGAAAUAACGCACAUAGUAAUGUAGAAGAACAAGUUGCCAAAUUCCUUCACAUUGUUGGUCAUAAUUUAAGGAAUAGAACUAUGAAAUUUUAUUUCAAGCGUUCUAGUGAAACUAUUAGUCGCCACUUUCAUCAAGUUCUUAGAGCUAUAAUAUCUUUAGAUGAUGUCUUCUUAAAGCAGCCUGAUGGAUUAAAGUGCCCUCAAGAAAUCAAGGACAAUACCAAAUUUUGGCCCUACUUUAAGGUAAACUUACUUAUCUAACAAACAUCAUUAGAAUAUUAUUUAUAUUUCAAAAUAAACUAAUAAUUUUGUUUUUUUAUAGGAUUGCAUAGGGGCGAUUGAUGGGUCACAUUUUCGUGUAAAAGUGUCAAAUGAUGUUGUGCAAAGGUAUCGAGGGCGAAAGUACUAUCCAACACAAAAUGUUUUAGCAGCAUGUUCCUUUGACUUGAAGUUCACAUAUGUUUUACCUGGUUGGGAAGGAUCUGCGUCAGACUCGAGAAUCCUAGAUAAUGCAUUAGUGAGAGAUUUUGAUAAAUUGAUUGUUCCACAAGAUGGAACAUAGUGCAGGCUUUGAAGUACACAAAAGUGUAAGUGAAAAAAGAAACUUGACUUGGAUUGAUGAAAUGGACAACUUUUUGGUUGAUCGAUUAAUGGAGCAGAUGCAUAAAGGGCAAAAGAUAGGAGAAGUCUUCACCAAGACAGCUUAUGCAAUGGUUGCGCGAGAAAUUGGGGAAAAUUUUGAAUUGAGUUGUAACUCUGAGCACAUAAAAAAUAGAAUGAAAACUUUUAAAAAAAACUUUUAUGCUGCUCAAGAAGUUUUACAAAAUGGUAGUGGAUUUGGUUUCAAUGAAUCAACUCAAAUGAUCGAAGCUACCACGGAAGUAUGGACUACUUACACUAAGGCACACCCAGGAGCAUCUCAGCUCAGACACAAACCUAUUAGAAAUUAUGAUAAGUUGUCCAUUCUUCUUGGAAAAGAUCGAGCAACAGGAAGUCUUGCUGCAGGUGCAAAAGAAAGACAACUUCGUUGGGCCCAGGAACAAAAUUUGGAUGACACAAUUCCAUUAGGAUCAUCACAACAUGGGAUCAGAGAUGAAACAUUUGCUUAUGUUGAAAAUGAAGCAACAACUGAGACAUCUUUCUCAUCUGCAGAUGCAUCUGUUUCUGCACCAAAGUCAAACAAAGAAACAAAAAAGCGAAAAGCAAAAUAUGCUGACAUUGUAAGUGAAGAAUUAAGAUCAAUUAGAGUUGGAAUGGAUGCAGUUGUUGCGGCUCUUGAUAGAAGCAACCUUCAAAACCAUACAGAAGAGCAAUUGUUUGAAGAGAUUGCUAAGGUUGGAGGCAUGAGUGAUGUAUCUCAUAUAAAAGCAUAUCAAGCUCUUACGGGUGAUGUGAGUGCAGCUCGAGCCUUCCUUGCUUGUCCAAUUGAUAGGCGUAAGCUUUGGUUGUCAGUUAAAUUUGGACCUACUUUUUUUGAUGCCUAAUUUGAGAUAGAGAUUAUUUUUAUUUUUAGUUUUACUUUUGUUUUGGGGCUAUACGUGAAGUUUUGAUAUCAAAACUCAUGGAUGAUAGUUGACUAUUAGAAAUUGAUCUAUUAUAUUUUUAGACUUAUGAAGACUUUUUUUAUUCAUCUA